AUUUAACCCGGGUUAAAGUGUCUCUGGCGCCCCUAGCGUGUCCUCGGUGCAGCUCCAGCCUUGACAGACACGAUGAUCAGAUCCUCUCUCUCUCUCAGCCACAUUACUGAAAUGUUACAACACUCACUUCCUACAGGGACAGUCCCCACCCCCUUUACUCUGCUUUAGCACGGAUCCCCGCACGGCUCGGCUCGACUCGCUGCCAGCCCCGGCCCUCCUCCAGGGCUGCCUGAGCCGGAGUUUGAUUGGAUUAGAGCCGGCUAGCCUUUGCCCUCUCACCCCGCUGAUGCUGGCUGCUUCCUGCUCCCUCCGCUCCCCCUGACCGACUGACGAAGCUCGCCGAAGCCGCACGGCGAAGCGCCCUGCACGGACACAGAGCACCGGUACGAGCCGCUGCAGCCCGACCACAGCCACCAAAACACACAGGCGGGCUGACGGAGAAAACGAGGCAGUCAUGCGGAGGAAAUCGAGGAUAUUGUUAUGUUUUGCGGUGCUGUGGGUGCUGGGGAUAGCCUACUACUUCUACUCGGGGACAGCGCUGAGUCGAAAGGAUGAAUGGGGCUCCAGUGACUCGUCGAGUAAGAGCAAAGCUCACAUCUCUGACGACAAGACUAACGGCCUGGAAACUCUGCCGCCAGGUAAGGUGCGCUGGCAGGACUUUGACCAGGAUCUGUACGUUGGAGCCACAGUGGUGCGAGCGGGUCAGGAUCCGUACGCCAGGAACAAGUUCAACCAGGUGGAGAGCGACAAACUCCGUAUGGACAGAGCCGUGCCCGACACCAGACAUGACCAUUGCAGACAUAAACAAUGGAAGACUGAACUGCCCGCCUCUAGCGUCGUCAUCACUUUCCACAAUGAAGCUCGCUCUGCUCUGCUGAGGACUGUGGUCAGUGUCCUGAAGAAAAGUCCUGUUCACUUGGUCAAAGAAAUCAUUCUGGUUGACGACUACAGUGAUAACCCGGAGGAUGGAGCGCUUCUGGGGAAAAUCGAAAAAAUACGCGUGUUGAGAAACGACCGCAGAGAAGGACUGAUGCGUUCGAGGGUCCGCGGAGCAGACGCCGCCGUGGCUCCAGUCCUCACCUUCUUAGACUCUCACUGUGAAUGUAACGACCACUGGCUGGAGCCGCUGCUGGAGAGAGUGGCCGAGGACAAAAGCAGAGUCGUUUCUCCUAUCAUCGAUGUCAUCAACAUGGACAACUUCCAGUACGUAGGAGCCUCGGCUGAUCUGAAAGGAGGUUUCGACUGGAAUUUGGUGUUUAAAUGGGACUACAUGACUCUGGAGCAGAGACGAGCCAGACAAGGCAACCCCAUUGCCCCCAUAAAGACUCCAAUGAUAGCAGGAGGUCUUUUCGUCAUGGAUAAGGACUACUUUGAGCUGCUGGGAAAGUACGACAUGAUGAUGGACGUAUGGGGAGGAGAAAACCUCGAGAUCUCAUUUCGGGUGUGGCAGUGUGGUGGAAGUCUUGAGAUCAUCCCCUGCAGCAGAGUUGGGCACGUCUUCAGAAAACAACAUCCAUACACCUUCCCCGGAGGCAGUGGGACUGUGUUUGCAAAGAACACGAGGAGAGCAGCAGAGGUGUGGAUGGAUGAGUAUAAAAACUUCUACUACGCUGCCGUCCCCUCAGCGAGAAACGUCCCCUAUGGAAAUAUCCAGAGUCGUAUGGAGAUGAAGAAGAGAUUAGGAUGCAAACCAUUUAAAUGGUACCUGGAGAAUGUCUACCCGGAACUACGUGUCCCGGACCACCAGGACAUCGCGUUCGGAGCGCUGCAGCAGGGAGGAAACUGUCUGGACACUCUGGGCCACUUUGCUGACGGUGUGGUGGGCGUCUACGAAUGCCACAACGCCGGAGGAAACCAGGUAGCGUUACUACGACGACAUACACAGGAGUGGGCCCUGACCAAGGAUAAGUCUGUGAAGCACAUGGACCUGUGUCUGACCGUGGUGGAGCGCACCACCGGCUCGCUCAUCAAACUACAGGGCUGUCGAGAGAACGACAGCCGACAGGUAAACACGCAGAAAUGGGAGCAGAUUGAGUCCAACUCGAAGCUUCGUCACGUGGGUAGCAACCUCUGCCUGGACAGCCGCAAUGCCAGGAUGGGGGGCCUCACGGUGGAGGUCUGCAGCCCGAGCCUCAACCAGCAGUGGAAGUUCACCCUCAAUCUACAAUCAUAGGGGGGGGGCUGCGGACCCUGGGAAGAGCUGGAUGUUUGAUAGAGACACCAACAGACUCUGAGACACGGAUUAAGAGAUGGAAAAAGACUCUGGAUGGAUAAACGGAUCCCUCUCGCUCCUCAGAGGUGCAGCCAGUCUAUACACCUCUCCCCCACCCUCACCCCUCCCAAAAGAGCCAAACCCACCGGGGGAGGGGCUUGUAGACGUUGCUGGAGUAAACAGGAAACUGACUGUAUUUGUUGGAUGAAAGGUGAAAAUGAUGUUCAUUAUGAGGAUAAAAGCGAUGGAGCGACUUUCCAUUCAAACUACAUACCUCAGUGUUUUUCCAUUGAUGGUUCCAGAAGCAAAUGUUGUUGUUUUACGUUCUUUAAUGCAGGUGAGGUAGAACUGUUUUUACUUUGUAAUUAUUUUAUUAUUAAUAUUUUUUAUUGAUUGCCGGUAACUCUCCUGUGCGGAGGUUUCACAGGAACUCUUUUUUUCGUUAUCUUAAAGGAAGGGGACAUUAAUGUUGUUGUUCCUUUGGGCUUUCUCUCUGUUUCACCACGCCGAGCUGGAGCCUGUAAAGGCAGGUGGAGGCUUCAUGUUGAGGUCUGGGCGUAGAGUGAUAUGAAGGCCGGAAAUGGACUCAACUCCUUGAGCUUUUCCUCUUGUCAUUAGUUCACAGGAUCAUUGGAGGAAAGAGAGCCACAGUGGAGAGAAGAAGCUGUGUGUUCUGCAGAUUGGGUCUUGGGGAAAGGGGAAGGGGGUUAAGGGAAAAGCUUCUCUGCUUUGGUCGGGGCCUGAAACUGGUUUGGUUUGGCCGGAAGUUCAAAACCGAAACCAGGAAGUGUCUUGAAGCCACCCCUCAGGAUUGACUGUUUGUCGUCGGGCUGUCGCACUGGCUGCCGCAGCAUCUUCAUGUCUACACCAUUAUGUCUCUUUAAAAAAACAACUCUCUUAACAGUCUUCUUUUGUCACACAAAAAAUUGAACCAAAUUUCGAAUGGAUGUUUUUGUUUCAGGAAUACGAGAACUUUGAUUAAAAGGGUUUUUCUUCACAAGCUCUCGCUGCUCUCUAACUGCUCCCUGUGGAGCCGCUUAAUUUAUACAUCUCCUUUCCUGCACAGAUCAUUUUCUUUGUGUCUAAUAUUGCCAUUUAGGGAUGUUUACUGUCACACCCACCUGGAUUUCAUGUUGCAGUUUUACCAACUGGUUUUGGCUGCAAAGGUAUUACCGACAUGAAUCUAUAAUAUUACCACAAGCAGAUAUCUUCCCAACUGAGAUGUUCUUUUUGACCUGAUUUCAACACACACCUGCCUGCUCGUGUCCGGCUAUAGAAGGAAACACUAAUGUGUGGCAGACAUCCAAUGUCCAUCUUUCUUAUUGACAAAGUAAAACGUUGCUUAUUCCAGCCUCCAGAACAGUUUUUAUGCAAAAAGAAAGAGGUUUCCUGACUAGUCAAACUGUACGAAAUGUGCAUGCGUUCUUAGCUGCAUGUAUCACCAGCCAGCUCCCACACGUACAGUCGGUCGGUAGUGUCUCCAUCAACAUGUCUUUCUUUCUUUCAUUGUGCCUGUUAGAUGAGCCAUCUGUUCUGAGGUUUGGAUCUGCAAUAAACAAGGUUUUACUGUUUGUCCCCCACUCUGUUCUGCUGCAGGUGAGCAGAUUGUUCUGAUUGCACAAGCAGGACUGCUCAGUUUUUGCUGAUACAAAGUACUGAUGAGAACACCUUUUCUUUAUUUUGGCGAGCUCCUUUAUUCUGAGGAACAAGAUUUCGGUGUCCCCGAACCGCAUUGUGCCACAUCUUCAUCUUGUGUUACCUGAUAGUGUUACUGAUGCCAGUUACAGUUCAUGCAUCUGUGUGCUAAUCCAUUACCUGAUGCCUGUUUCGCAUCUUUGCAACAAUAGUCUCUCCUCGCCUUCAACACAGGGUCCUCUUAGCUGCUAUGAUUCUCUGUACUGUUAGUCACUGACGAGUCAUGAAGGUACAAUUUGAUUAAAUUCAGAGCGACUCAUCACUUGGCAGCUUCAAGGCAACAUGAACACAAAACAUCUUUAAGCAUACUGUACAACACAAAUUGCCUAUAAUAAUCAACUAUUUCCUAGUUUAUUCUAGAAAGAGGUUGCAUCCUCAAGUGUUGUUUUAAUGUCAAAUAUCCUCUCUGUAUCCCUCUCUCAUUUUCACAUCUGUUCUCUUGAUUUUUGUUUUACUGUGUUACGGUAACAGACAAAGACAGCUGCUCAUGUUUACUGUGUUGUCUGGUUCUUUUCCAUCCGUUUGUUUGUGUUCUACCAUUUUGUUCCUUGUACCUGAUGUUUACCUUGUCUUCAACAUUCACACGACUGUAGACAGAGUGAGGGGCGAAGUGAAGGUCAGAUCAGACUGCAGCUGGAUUCAAAAUCAUAUCCUUAGACUUGACGUGUCGCUGCAUUGUGCUGCGAGAUUGAGGUGUGACUAGAUGUGAGGAACGUUUUCUGUUGCUAUGGUGACCAGGCUCAAUGGCCCCAAGUCUGAUUUAAGGUUUCCGUUUAUUUUUGUGUUGAGCAGCAGGUGGAUUUACCGCUCCUGUUAUGUCUUACAUUCAGAUUAAGUAGAAGAUUGUUGCAAAUCAAUAAUUGUAAUAUUGAAGAACUAAUAUAAAUUAAAGUUACAAAUAUAUAUCUUAUAAUCAGUUGUUCCUUAACAUCUCCUUUAUGUGUAUUACAACAGUGCCUCAGGUUUUACUUCUGUAAUGGGGUAGAUACAUAUGCUGUAGCCCCCACAUUUAGUAUCUUUUGACUACAAAUUGUGUGAAAAUCCUCAGAAACUAGUACAAAAGAGCUAUUGUCAAAGCAUCUGGCCCUUGUCCUAUGUUGUGAGGAUAACAUGCUGAGGUUUUUAAUGGUGUAUAGCGCCCUCUAUUGUGGAUAACAGCUAUACAAAAAGGGACUAAAGGUAUUAAGCUUCUGAUGCACAAUGCACCAACGGGGACAUUCCAAGAUUUUUCUUAAUCAAAUUUUCUUCAGCUUUGUUCUAUUAUUAAAGUCUUAAUGAAGCCCUAAUAAAAUGGCCAGCUAGUACAAACUUAACAGGCGUGAGAAUCUAACUGCUAACCCCAUGAGAGGUUGGUAAUGCUGUCUGUUACAACUGUUCAGAUAUGUUGAUUGAAGCCUUUUCUUUAUAAAACCAGUCUUAUUCUUGUGAAGAUGAAAGAAUGCUAUUUUAUUUGUUUGUUCUACGCAGAGAAAGUGAAAGUAGUGCAACGGCUGAUUUUGAUUGGAUUAUUCAAUGUUUACAUCUUUAGCACUAUGUGCCAAAAGUUUUCCUUCCUAUUUUCUCUGUAUGAGGAAGAAUGAGAAGGGGUAAAAGUCAUUGGAAAUGCUGAUUGAGUCGCAAAGAACUGAAUGCAAAUUGCAGAUGGUAUAUGUUGUGUAUCUCAUUCUUCUUCCUAGUCCCAGUUAGACCUGCAGGACACACUGGGGCGGGUACGUCUCAGAUGAUGAUGGUGUUGGUCUUAUAAUGGGCACAGGUUGCACAUUUUUCAUGUCUUUUAGAUGUGUCUUCAAAAAGUCUGUUGUGGCAGAACUAACUCUGUGUGUUAGCUUAAAGCUACAUUCUAAAGGAGAACGAAUGUUGUCAAUAUUGUAGACAUGUAUUAUUAGAAGAUACUUCACCCACAAAAUUGAUACGUACAUAAAUUAAUCGCCACCGUUUUUCUCAAAUGCCUCAAUGGUGAAAGCAGAAUCAAAAUACAGAGACAUUUCUUGAUUAAUUAUAAUAAAUGGGAGCUGUGUUAAUAUGGGCUGAAUUAUUAAUAGAAAAUUAUAAUUUUGUGGUUUUAGUAUUUCUUUAAAAGGAGGUGUAUAACUGAUCACCAGUCAGUGAGCAAGAGCAUUUCCCCACCUGACUUUAUUCAUACUGUGUUUGGUGAACAAUUAAUGGCUUGAUAUUAACAGGUAUGAAGGUGAGCUCUGUGUUCUCUCAGCCUUUUACCUCAAAUGGGAAGCAGAGUUAUUUCAUGAUUCGUCCUGACUGAAGGCAUG